AUGGCAGAUGCUACCAAAGACUCGGCCAUAACACCCAACUUAGUUCUCACUGAGCUACGUGCUCCAGAGCGAUUCAUCACUGCUUUCUUGUUUAAUGAUUCUCAACUUUUGGUUGUUAAAAGUCGCAAACUAACUAUUCUGAACUUUCCAGAAGAUAGCGAACCGUCUCUGUAUCAUUCAGUUGCGACAGGUACUAUCCUAGGAGCUUGGUUAUGUCAGGACCUUGUUUCUAGGUGCAAAUAUGCUUUCAUCCUCUUGCACUCCGGUUUGCUAGAAGUUAGAGACAGUCGACUAGAAAUUGUGAGCACUUGUCAAUUGCCGCACUUCCCACGCGUAUCUCGUGGAAAAAUAUUAGCUUCCGUUGAUGCGAAGUUUAACCGAUUUUUUAUAAGUUGGGACACGGUUUCGGUUCACAAACUGGAUUACGAACUCGGCCCUUCAAAGUUCAAGUUUUUGAAGAAUAAAAAACAGUGGAAAGCGGUAAUUACAAGUCGCAAUCCCAUCUUAGAUUUUGGCCUAUGUCACUUGGAAGACGAGGACUACCAAGAAUCUUGUCACAUUUGCCUUGUUUCCCAAUCGCCAAACGAUGAAGUGCCGUUUGUAGAGGUCUGGAAGGAGGAAGAUGUAAUUCGAAACCACUGGCAGAUCUUUCUCCAGCCUAAAGAGCUAGGGAUUAAAUGCGAUGGUUCUUAUGGUGUCGCUGUUAUUUCCAGGAACUACUAUGGAUUCAUCUGCCUAUUUGCUGAUCACACUGUUUUUUGUCGUCCGCGAUUUAUGAAUGGCUCCCAGAGUUUGAACUAUACUAUGCGAGAAGGCGGUGCUUUGAGCUUUGCCAGAGUAAUAACCUCCGAUACCAAGUUUUUCGUUAGAAGCACGGAUAAUGAGGGCGAGAUUGAUCUGCUUGUCUGUACAAGUAGGGCUGAAUUCUUUAAGCUAGCUCUUCCGCCAUCGAUAGAGGGAAGUGACUGGCCUGAUUUCAUCCCAACUGACUGCAAAGGGUUCAAUAGAGGUGAGGCAGAUACCAUUAACGGUUUCGUACACCUGACGGGCUCGCGCUUUUUACUUUCUACCAAUAAUGAUGGGCUCUUAAUUUUGGAGGCAGAUGGAACUGCAAAAUAUUUCGAUGAUUGCCAUUCAGGGUCGGUCCUACGCUCAAGCAUCUCGAAUGGGGACAAGGAUUUUCGCCGCUUGUUAAUUUCUGGAGGCUCGGGUGGCAAUGGGGGCUUUUUGGAGAUUACUCGCCUUUCCUUUAAUAAAGCUUUGGAACUGGAACCCAUCAUAACGUCCAUUGAAAAAAUGCCAAGUGAUUUUUGGCUCACUAAGCAAGGUAUCUACUGGGUGAGUGAUGGGGAGCUUUUUUACCAGUAUGGCACCGUUGAAACCAGCGGUAGUACGGUAUAUGUUGGUUUUGAUGGAAACAUCGUUUCAGGUUGCAGGGACAUAUGUCUCGCAGCACCCGUUCUUGGGUCUGCAGAUGAAAAUCUGAUGUUUCUGAAGAAAGAUGGCUCAGUAUUUUGGAGUGCUUCACAUCAGAGGUCCAGAGUACCAGCUUUCAAAUCCAUAACGUCUGUCAAAUAUGUUGCUUCCUGUGCAAAGUUACAGUCCACCGAGACCCUGUCUGUAGUGGCUUGGGGCUCCAAUUCUGUGUGGUUUUUUGAUACAAAAUGUAUCACCAUUGAAUUGAGAGGCUUAUCACAGGUUACUAGCUGCUUGGUUAAAACUUUUGGGGCUAAUGUAAGGGUCAUUUUUUCUGACGUUAAUGGCACUGUCCAUGCAUACAAUCUUGACGGCAGCUUGUGUGCAUCUUUUCAGGUAGAUGGACAGAAAGUGUCACUGCAUGAUUUUCCAGAUUCAGAAAGGUUCUUUGCUUGCUCUAGAGAUCUUCUCAUCCUGAUCAACGUAUUUGGCCCAGAGCUCGAUGCUGCAGAGGUGGAUUUGCCCUUGCCUAUUUCUCAAAUCAAAGUCGCCUCAGCCUCCAAAGUGAUAAUAGUAGGCUACGACUCCACCAUAUACCAAGCAAGCAUAGAAUAUCUUGCCACUGAUCGGCCCCGUUUGAAUACUAAGUGCCUUCGAAGCAAGACGCAUAGUUUUACGAACCAUUUAACUCUGAGUUUGUCUCACCGAUUUGUUAUUGUCAGUGCUUUAGCUACCUACUACGAUAUCAAACUGGAGAAGGAAGUCUUUGACUCUGAGUUACAAGUUUACGAUAUGAUGACGCAGCAAAUGAAGGCAUGCGUGGCCAUUUCCAAGCUCCACCCACAAGCUCAUGUUUCUAGUAUGAUCGAAGUCACGUUUCACAAAAAGGCAUUGUGGAAGAAGUAUGUUGACACCGAAACUUCUUAUGCUAAACAAUUGGUUUUCAGAAAAUGCUUCUUGGUUUCUCUAAAUUUUGAAUUUGCGGAAAAUGAGCUGGGUGAUAAUCUAUUGCUAUUUGCCCUUGAUGAGCGCACAGGUGAAGUUGAAUUACAGCUAAAAGCUCGCGUUAGUUUCAAUGUUACGCACUUAUUCAAUUACUAUAAUCGCCUGCUUAUCGCCUUAGGAGAUCAAGUUCAAGUACUUCAAUUAAGUUACUCAGCCAAAGAUGGCUCUUUCAGCCUUCAACAAAUAUCUGAGCCCCUUACUUUGGAUAGCUUUGUGAGCGAUUGUUUUUCUAUGCCCCAGGCAAUCUCGUCUGUAAAUCUCGAGUCAGCUGAAUUUAAGAAGCGGAGGCUUUUAGGUAGCACUGAGAAAAUUGGAAUACACAACCUUUUCAAAGGGAUUCAGGAAUUAAAUCUGACAUGCCAGGUUGCCGCGGAGACAGAUGACGGAAUUUUGGCUUCCAAACUUCAAAAAGUAAUCAUCGAACCUGCACGGGUCUCGGAUUACAGUGAGGGCACGAAGGCCCUAUCAGAGAUUCGAUUCUCUUCGAGCACGAAAGUUGGAUUCGUGGAAUACCGUGAGGAGCUAUCUGGCGUGUUUGCAGCUGCUCUUGAUGAACGAGGCCAGGCCUCUGUGUUGUAUAAAACAAGCGCUUCGGAAGGCUUGAUCGGGGCCCAGUUCGAAAUACCUCACCCUCUUUCUGGAAUUGAAUUAGUAGGUUUAAAAUUGGACAAGGCAACUAUAGGUGUUUCAUUAAACCACCGCAUCAAUCAAAGAUACGCUAGUUUGCAUCAAAUAUUCAAGCCUAUGUUCAUGCUCAAUACCAGCGAUGGGGGUUGUUAUUUGGUCAGUACAACAAUGUCGCCUAACUCUUUUGAAAGUUUCACGACACCUACCCCGAGCAAUCUGGUGGCGCCUUUGAAUUGCGAGGAAAUUUUGUUCUUCGAGUCGACACAUCCACUAGCCUUAAAGGCUUUGGGCUGCUUGUUUGGGUGA